AUGAAGCACCAACCACCAUAUAAUAAAAAUAUAAACAUAGUUAUACAACAAGCUGCUCUUAAACAACGUAAUUCAGCAAUGCAGGUCAAGCUUCCCUGUCAAUGGCUAAAGUUGAAAGAAGAUGGAGAAGGAACCAAGAAGGCUGAUGAAUUAUGCAACUUUACCCAUCUGUUUAGUGCUAAUUGUUCUGGAGGAUACAGGUUAUCAAGUUCAAGCAGUGAAAGGAUUAAUAUUGAUGCAGUUGAAUCUCAAGAAUUUUUGCUGAGAAGGCUUGUUAGAGGAGAUGAUCAAGUUCGGUUCGAGUCGAAUGGAUUUUCAUGUCACACUGAUUCUCAUUCAGAUGUAUGCGUUGCAAAUAAAUCUGUAAGGAUUUACAACAAAGGGUUAACAGUUUAUGUGCCGUAUGAUCAUCAUCACGAAUCUCGAGUCAAGAGAAUUGUUAAGCCAUACGCAAGGCAGGAAGACGAAACCGCCAUGAAACUCGACUCACCGGUACAGAUUCUUCAUGGGAACAGCACCAUUAAACCACCAGCAGCAGCCUGUAAUUUCACCCAUAAUGUCACUGCUGUUGUCUUCUCUUCCAAAGGCUUCACAGGCAAUGUUUUCCAUGAGUUCAAUGAGAUUAUCAUCCCUUUGUUCAUCACUACCAUCCAUUUUCGAUGGAGACUCAAGUUUGUGAUCACAGAUUUCGAGUUUUGGUGGGUUCAAAAGUACAACAGGGUUCUGUCUCACUGGGCUGUUAUAGGGCUUAAAUAUCAUAACAAUUUAGCCCUCAACAGUUCUGAUAUCCCAGAUGUUGGAGGGAUUAGGCUUUCGAGGACGGAACCUGAGAGGGUGUCGAACUUGGACAAGUUCGCCGAGGUGGUGAACUCAUGUAGUGUCAUGGUUGGAGUCCAUGGUGCAGGGCUAACAAAUGAGAUAUUCUUGCCCACUGGUGCAGUGACGGUUCAAGUGGUGCCAUUGGCACAUGAAUGGGUGUCAACCAACUACUUUGGUGAACCGGAAAAGUCGAUGGGGGUUCAGUACUUGGAGUACAAGAUUGAACCGGAGGAAAGUUCGUUUUUCGACACAAACGGGAAAGAUCACCCCGUGAUUACUGAUCCGGAAUCUGUGAUCUCUAAGGGAUAUUAUGCAUACAAGUCUGUGUAUGUAGAUGGCCAAGGUCUAAAGAUUAAUUUAGAGAGAUAUAAGAAGACCCUUAUUGAAGCUAAGCAAAUUCUUGAAACUUCAACUCCCUUUUGA